AUGACUCAGUAUGAAGGUGAUGAUGAAGAGUUAGAAUUUCAGGAGGGGACAGAUGGUGAGGAAGAUGAAAAUGAAGACGAUGAAGACGAUGAAGGUGAAGACGACGAUGAAGACGAUGAAGAAGAAGUGGAUUCUGCAUUUGCUCCUGCUAAGGCAGGCAUCAUACAGAAGAUUUCAUUGAAGAAUUUCAUGUGCCACGAUUCUUUCGAAUUGGAAUUGGGCCCACAGAUGAAUUUUAUAAUAGGGAGAAAUGGGAGUGGAAAAAGUGCUAUUUUGACCGGUAUAUCCGUUGGAUUGGGUGCCAAAGCAACUGAUACAAGCAGAGGAUCCUCAAUUAAAUCAUUAAUCAAGGAUGGUAAAUCAACUGCUAGAGUAAUGAUUGUGCUAAGCAAUGAAGGUAGUGAGGCGUUUAACCCGGAAGAGUUUGGUAAUAAAAUAGUUGUGGAAAGAAAGUUUCAACGUCAGGGUAAUAACUCUUACUAUAUUAAAAACGGAGAAACUGGUAAAACGAUAUCCAACAAGAAGAGUGUAUUGGAGGAUAUUUGUUAUAAAUUCAAUAUAACUGUAGAUAAUCCAUUGGCAUUUCUUUCACAAGACAAGGCCAGGGAGUUUUUAACGGCCACUACUGAUCAUAUUAAGUAUGACUACUUUAUGGCUGGUGCAUUGAUUAAUGAUAUCUUGGAGAAUUAUAAAGUCAUUUCCACAAAUAUUGUUGAAGUUCAAAAUAAAUUGACAUUAGUAAAAACAGACCUAUCAGUGGCUGUGACUAAGUAUGAGGAGCUGAAAAACUUAUAUAAUAAGUUUAAGAAAUCAGAUUAUCUAAGAAGGCAAUUGGAUUUGAUCAACGGGAAAAUGUAUUGGUUUAAUGUAAGAGUAAUUGAAAAUAAAAUUCAAAAAUAUAAGGAUGAAUUGAACAAGAAUGAAGAAGAAAUUAUUUUGAUAGAGGAAGAAAUUGAUGCGAUAGAUGAAAUGACAUUAAAUAAGUAUGAGGAAAGAAAAUCAGACCUCCUGGAUGAAGCUUUGGAGAAGCAUAAGUUAUUCGAGGAGAAACAAAAGAUAAAUGAUACUUUAAAGGACAAACUCAAAGAAAUUAAGAUUGGUAUUGAGGAUAUAAACAACGAAAUAAGAAAUUAUAACGAAGAGAUUGAAACUACAAGAACAGAAAUCAAAAAUUUGAAAAAGGAGUUGGGAAAUGAACAAGAGAAAAUUGACGAAUUGAAUGGAGGUUCAAAGGAGAAGUUGGUGGAAAAUAUGCAAAAGUUGGAACAAGAGUUGGAGAAAUUGAAAUCGAAAAAAGACGAAAUACUUGAACAAUUGAAUAAGCUUCAAGAUGGGGAAGAUAGUAGAGCCAUUAAAGAGGGAAAGGAAAAGGUUACUAUUUCCAACGAACAUCUAAGUACAUUGAGAGAUAGACGAAAGAAUUUAUUAGAUUUACAGAGAGAUAAGUAUACCCCUUGGGGAGGGAAGGAUAUUAAUAGUAUUCUAAGAGAAAUUAAACAUAUCGGAGAUGACUGGCAUAGAGAGCCGAUAGGGCCCAUUGGGUCAUUUGUCGAAGUUAAAAAUGAGUUUAACCAAUGGAAGGAUUUACUAAAUGCCUCAUUUGGAAAGACUUUGGAUUCAUUCUUAGUCCACGAUGACCAUGACAGAAGAAUGUUAGAACAAAUAUUGAAAAGGCAUAGAAUCAAUAAAAACAUCAUCACAAGAAAAUAUGAAAAAUUCAACUUCCAACAAGGAAAAGUUCGUAUACCUGAUGGAAAAGAAUCUAAAUGUGUCGUUGUUAUGGACAUUUUGACUAUCAAAAAUGAUAAUGUACUUUACACCCUAAUUGAUAGUAAUAGUAUUGAGAAGAAUGUGUUGGUAGAUGAUAGAGGUAUGGCAAGACAAUUACUUGGAGACUACAAUAGUGGUGUAUUGAAUGUAUUUCUGUUGCUUGACCACAAAUCUGGGCACAGAUCAAGUGGAGAUUCCAAUUCCUAUAGAAUUGAUCCUAUUUACUAUAGACUAAGAGAACCGCAUAAAUUUUCAAGUGGAGACAGUGGCGUCGAUCAAAUUAAAGAGUUGGAUACAGAGAUUAAUCUUGAGUCUGCUAAUAAUAACGAUCUCUUAAGGGAGCUUCGUAGAUUAAAGAUGGUUCAACAGAACGAAAUACAAGACCUUGAGAAAUCAAGAGAAACCCUUGACAAUCAAAUUAGGAAAGUUUCUAAUGAAAUCUACCGAAUUGAAAACAGAUUAACUGAAAAUGGUGAUUUAGCAAUUGUUGAAACUUUAAGAGAAAAAAUCGAAGAAAAUGAGCGACAAAUCCGCCAAAGAAGAGGUAUAAUAGAAUCUUUAACAGAAGACAAAGAAAACGAACUUUCUAAAUUUAAGGAAGAAAAGAAAAACUUAGCCUUGGAUACUGCUGAAAUGGAUGAGUUAGAAAAUCAAGUCCAGGAAGCAAAGCAAAAUCUUUCAGAUUUAGAGACAGAAUUUCAUGUGAAAACUAAUGAGAAAGCCCAUUAUGAGCAGCAAAAAGGGAAAAAGCAGCAAAAUGUCAACUCAUUGCAAGAAAAGCUUAAAAGAGGAGAAGCUGCAUUGGGUCAACACACAGCCGAAGCUCUCAGUAAAUGCCCAAGAGACGAUAUCGAUAUUACUUCUGAAGAUACCGUAGAGUCAAUUACAGAAGAGUAUAAAAGAGCACAAGAGACGGUUAAGGAAAGUGAAAAGAAUAUAGGAAGGACCUAUGAAGAAAUACAGGAUGAAUUACUUUUCAAUAAGUCCAAAAUGGAAAAUUUGGAGAAUACAGAAAACGACUUAGACUCCAUUUCAAGAUCCUUAAACGAAGACUUAAACCAGAGGUUAAAGUAUUUGCAUACAACUAUUUUGAAAACAAUAAGAGAAGCUUCAACUUCUUUUGAAAGAUCGUUAGCAUUGAGAGGUUUCAAAGGAGAAUUGAAAUUUGGUUUUAAAGAGAAAACGCUAACGAUGUUAGUUCAAACAAAUAAUGUUGACGAUAAUGGCACUGGCGAUGGGAACAAAAAGAGAACGGUGGAAUCUUUAUCAGGGGGGGAAAAAUCAUUCACACAAAUUGCUUUGCUUUUGGCAAUAUGGAAGGCCAUGAAUUCAAAGAUACGUGGUCUAGACGAAUUUGAUGUAUUUAUGGAUUCGGUGAAUCGUUCAAUAAGUAUAAAACUUUUACUUACUGAAUUGAGAAAGUAUCCCAAAUCACAAUCUAUUUUUAUUACACCUCAAGAUAUUGCUAUGGUUGGGGAUUUGGAAAGUGAAGACGUCAAAAUACACAAAAUGGACGAUCCUAGAAAUAGUUAA